CUGCAGCAGCACUGUGUAGCUGCAGGUACAGUAAAGGUGACUCUAAGCUCUCAGGUGACUGGACUGUUUACAAGUUUACUCUGAAACUUCAGGGUGUUUCGUGCUGGUUUCAUGGCUUUCCUUACCAAUGCCACCAUCCUGCUGGUCCUCGCUUGUAUUUCCCAUCAGCUGGUGUUGAGCAGCUGCCAGAAGAGCCAUGGACGGAGGGGAAGAGGCGUGGACAGAGGACAACACAAGGACAAGCCAGGGCUGAAAGUGGGCCGCCAAGCCAAAUCUGCCCCUGCACAGCCCAUUAAAGGCAAAAUGGUCACCAAAGACAAGUCAGAGUGCACCUGGGCAGCAACAGGUGAUGAUUUCUUCACCCUCGGUUUGACCUGCAAGAAGGGGGACAAGAGCUUCAGCUGUGAAUAUGUCGCCAGACCGGCUGUCUGUCCCCAGUAUGCUUCCAACGUCAAACUUUACUGGAAGCAAAUCACCAGAGCGCUGAGGAAGCAAAAGAGUUUGUGCAAAGACAGUAGUGUGUUGGUCAGGGCGGGUGUGUGCAGAGGAGCUGCCAGAGAUGCUCAUUUCAGGCUCCGUAAUGCUCAGAGGAAGACUUACCCACCUUCCACUCCAAAACCAGCUCCCAGUGCUGUCAAAUCCUGUCAGCCUAAAAACAAGAAGCUGGCGGAGGAGCACUGCGGCAGCUCCUGGUCGAGUUUUUGCACAUUCUUUUUCACUAUGGUGCAGGAUUAUGAUUGCUGAGACAGAAACAGUUGAGAACUUAAAUACAUUCAGCUCUCUAUCUCCAU